GGCGCCGCCCGCUGCUGCUGUUGCUGCUGGCGUUGCUCCGCGCGCAUGGCCUGCUCGCCGCUUCCGGAGAAGCUGAUUACACGCUGGAUGAUUCGUUUUGGAAUGAAGAGAGCCCUGUCGGCGAGGUGGAGCGGCUCCUGCGCGAAUACCGCCAAAACCAGGAGCUGGUGCGGAACAUCGGCGCCCACUACUACCAGAUCAUCUACCCCGUGCAGCUGCGACACCACGAGAAGAUGGGCAUCUCCACCAGGGAGGUCAACACGCAGAAGGGCAGAGGAUACGGACCGGACUACCAGCAGGGAACGAGAUCCAGAGCAAGGACCGGCAAGCACUUCCACCGCACAUCGCUCCUCAUCAAAGCCUUCAACCACAAGUUCCGCCUCGACCUCGAGCUUAACACCCAACUGUUGGCGCCCAACCUCAAACAGAUCCAGUUCCUCGCGAACGGCGCCGAGAGCGAAGUCAGGACGGAGAUUGAGCAGUGCUACUACCACGGCACGGUGAAGGACUACCCGGGCGCGUCGGCCGCCUUCCACACGUGCAACGGCGUGUCCGGCGUCAUCCACAUCGGCAACGAGACCUUCGUCAUCCAUCCAUUCUACGGCGGCGAUCUAUCGAAGCACCCACAUGUGAUAUUCGAGGCGCGGACCAAGGCGAACAAGGGCUGUGCUAACAAGCUGGAGUUCAGGCCGAAGAGCAGGCGGACUAAGCACGUCUCCUACCUCGAAACACCGCUCGCUGAUGACCCUAAGCACAUGAACCCAUCAAAAGUGAAGGAGGAGCGCGCGUGGCGGUGGUGGCAGCACGCGGGUCUGCGCACACUGCGGCGGCGGCGGCGCGACGUGCGGGAGACCACCAAGUACAUAGAGACCGCACUCGUCAUAGACAAGGCGAUGUUCGACCGCCGCAACGGCAGCUCCAGAGCGGAGGUCGUCCAUGACGCGAUACAGGUCGCCAAUAUCGCGGAUUUGUACUUCCGGACCCUCAACACGCGCGUGUCUCUGGUGUACAUCGAGUCGUGGCAGGGCGCGGACCAGGCGGACAUCGACAGGCGACAGGACAUCACGCGCGCCAUACAGAAGUUCAGCGACUACUCCGCCAGGAAACUCUUCAAGGUCGAGAAGGAUACCACGCAGCUGCUCACCGGUCUGACGUUCCCCGGCGGCGAAUCCGGCAUCUCGGUGCCGGACACGAUGUGCACGCCCAAGUCGGUGGGCAUCUCCGUCGACACCAACACCUACGAGCCGCACCUGCUGGCGGGGACUAUGGCGCACAUGAUCGGACACAACAUCGGUAUGGGUCAUGACGACGGUCGCGAGCAGUGCUUCUGCCGGGACUGGCACGGCUGCAUCAUGGCGCAGUCCAUAGUCGGCCUGGAGAACGUCCAGCCGUACAAGUUCUCCGACUGCUCGCGCAACGACUACAGCAACGAGCUCAAGAUAGGCCAGGGACUAUGUCUGCUGAAUAAGCCUAACGAGCUGGUGGUCCACCGACAAUGCGGAAACGGGAAGCUGGAUGAGGGCGAGGAGUGCGACUGCGGCACCAUCUCCGAGUGCCAGAGCCUCAACCCCUGCUGCGACCCCUUCACCUGCCGACUCACCAAGGAGGCCCAGUGCGCUUCGGGAGAGUGCUGCGAGAGAUGCCAGUUAAAACCUCGCGGCGUGAUCUGCCGGGACGCGACCAAUGAGUGUGAUCUGGAGGAGACGUGCACGGGCCUGUCCGGCGCGUGUCCAGUCGACGCGCACCGGAAGAACGGAGAGGCGUGCGAGUCCGGCAAGGGCUAUUGCUUCGCCGGACAGUGCCCCACGCUGGCGCUGCAGUGCGAGAAGAUCUGGGGCACCGGCUCCAUCGGCGCGGACAAGGAGUGCUUCGAACAGUUCAACUCGAAGGGUGCGGUUACCGGACACUGCGGGAAGGACAGCAGCGGACAUUAUAUCAAAUGCGACGUAGAGAACGUACGCUGCGGCUCGCUGCAGUGCCAGGCCGGCAACAGGUACCCGGUGGUGCCGGGCAUGGACGAGUACUACACGCGGACAGUCAUCACGAUCAAAGGCAACGAAUACGACUGCAAGGCGAUCACCGGUCUGGCGGACAACUCGGACUCUCCCGUGGGUCCGCUGGGCCUGGUGCGCGACGGCACGCCGUGCGGCGACAACCUCAUCUGCGUCAACCAGACCUGCACCUCCAUCUUCCCCUACAUCGACCACACCAAGUGCCCCUCCGACCACAACAACAACGAGUGCUCCGCCCGAGGAGUGUGUUCCAACUCCAACAAGUGCGUGUGUAACCGCGGCUGGACGGGGCCGGACUGCUCGCAGCCGGACGCCCUGCCGCCUUCGCCCACGCCUUGGGUGCCGGAGAACGUCACCAAGGCCGCCUACAACAUGACCAAAAAGGAGACGCCAUAUGAGAACUACCACGGCUCGAACACGGUAUUCCUCGUGGCGGUCCUCAUGUCUGUGGUAGGGGGGGUAUUCAUAGUAUUUGCCCUGAGCGCUCUCUGCUACAGGUCAGUCGUAGUACACAAAAACUUCUCCCUGUGCCUAAGGAAAAAGAGUACCCUGCCGAAGUACGACCCGCCCUACGUGAAGAAACCCAUCGCCAAGAGCUUCCCCGCCGGCUCCACCACCUCCAACAACUCCCAGGAGGACAUCUCCAUGGACGGCGGCAAGCUCCACUCCUUCAACAACACUUUUAGAAACCUGCUCAGCCGCGGAGACUCCCAGCGCGUUAUCUUCAGACAUGGCAAUCACAUGUCGGGCGCAGGCAAUACGAGCAGAUAUCCAGACCAUAAACAAAUGAAACGUGUACACUCUGGCAGCGAAGAUGAACCAACGCACUCAGGGGAAGAAGAUAUAGCAUUUAUAGACGUGCCUUCAAACUCCAUGUCGAAGCUGCCGGAGAAGGGCAUCCUGAAGAAGCACGGGUACGGCGCCGUAGACGGCAAGGACAAGUGGGGCGACGACUCCGAGCAGCUGGAGGCUGGCUCGCAGUCCGACGGACAGGAGCCCGGCCAGGCCGUCGCCGAUAUGGAGUAUAAGUUUAAGGAUUUAAAUGGUUAUCACGAGAAUAUCAUAGUGGCUUUAAAGACGGCCGCGGCGCACCGGGCGAGCGCCGGCACCGCGGUCGGGUCCGGCGACCUUCGGGCGCUGCAGGAGUACGAGUACAACAGGGAGCGAGCGCCGAGCGCAGACAAGAUCCACGAAGCGGAACUGCGCCGCCAGCGGGGGGAGGAGGAGGAGGACGAGGUGCCGCAGUGCGGGCCCAUCCGGAUACGGAACCUCGAGGACCUCAUCCGGCAGCUGGAGCACCACUCCAGCCGCCACAUGAGCCCGUCCGGCAGCGAGGACAUCCGGAUGUCGGAGACGGAGGCCGACCGACACUACCGCGGCGAGCCCGGUGAAGUGCCACCGAGAGGACGCGGGCGGAUGGUCGGGGGAGAGGAGUUCGGUUACCCGCGGUACCGCACGGGCAGCGCGCGGCACCACGGCGGGCUGUUCCCCGCGCACGCGCCGCACGCGCCGCACGCCGCGCUCGCCCCGCCGCUCGCGAGCAUGCACGCGCGCGUGCCCGACGACGACGCGCUGUACGAGACGGCGGAUGCGGAGCGGCUGCGCGACGCGCCCGACAGCGAGAGUGAUGAAUUUAUUCAAGCUCAACAACAGUUAGCCCGGUGGGCGAGUGAAGAGGCCGUGCCGACUGCGCGCGACUACUUCCCCUCGCCGCGCGCCGCGCACUCCCCGCGCUCCCCGCGCUCGCCCGCCAGCUCCGAGAGCGAGCGGCCGGCCACCUUCCCCGAGUACACGCACUGACCCCCGCCCCGGGUCGCUCCCGCGCAUGUGAAUACGUAACGUUACGAGUAGCCGUCGAGUGUAUAUAUUUCAUUGCACAGUAUGUUAAUGGAUACGACUGACCUACGAUAGGAUAUAGAGUCGAGUCGCGCGCCGGGCCGCCGCCGCCGCCUCGCCUCGUGUUUAUAUUCGUUUU